AUGGAUUCUGAAAUCCAAAGCUUCAUUACGGUAUGGUUCACUGCAGUUUUAUCUAUGAUUUACUGUUACUACAUCUCAGCCCGACUACCUAGUGGCGCCACAAGGUUAUUCUCCCUCCUCCCCGUCCUCUAUCUGUUCACGACCCUCCCUCUCCACCUCACCUCCAUCCACAUUGGUGUUGCUACUAUUUUAUACCUCGUUUGGCUUGGCAACUUCAAGCUCCUCCUCUUCUCCUUCGAUCAAGGCCCUCUAUACGCGACGCCGCCUUUGUCCCUCUUCCAUUUCAUCUUCAUAGCGCUCCUUCCCAUCGAAACCAAACACACCUCAUCUUGCAAAUCAUUUUCAAAUGCCAAAGUUUAUCAUCAACCGGCUGGGUUUGCUCUUAAAGUUGCUCUUCUGGCUAUAAUUCCUCGUGUAUAUGAGUACAUGGAGUAUGUGCAUCCGUAUAUAGUCUUUACUCUGUACUGUUGCCAUCUUUAUCUUGCUCUUGAGGUGAUUUUAGCCAUUACCGCAGUUCCCACGAAGGCCAUUCUUGGAAUGGAUUUGAAACCACAGUUCAAUGAACCAUAUUUAGCCACUUCACUGCAAGACUUUUGGGGCCGUAGAUGGAACCUCAUGGUCAGCAGUAUUCUACGCCCCGCUGUAUAUCAACCCGUACAGCGUAUUUCUACACGUAUUUUAGGCAGCAAGUGGGCUCGGCCUUUGGCCACCCUAGUCACAUUCUUGGUGUCUGGUCUCAUGCAUGAGGUGAUUUAUUAUUACUUAUCACGUGCAUAUCCCACGUGGGAGGUGACAAGGUUCUUUGUUCUUCAUGGAAUUUGUGUGGCCCUCGAGACGGCCGUGAAAAAGGAAUUGGGCGGCCGUUGGCGGCUGCACAGGUUGGUUUCGGGGCCGAUGACGGUGGCUUUUGUGGGAGUCACAGGCGUGUGGUUGUUUUUACCACAGAUUGAGUGGAAAAACCUCAUUGUGAUAAACUAA